UCUCUUGUUUUUUUCACCCUAUCACAUAACUCUUCCAACUUCAAACACACACACAAGAGUUUCUCUCUGUGUCUCUCGAGCAUUACAUAGAAAAAUGGAAGCACAUGCAGGAGCCAACCAGCGUAUUGCAAGAAUCUCUGCUCAUCUUCACCCUUCAAAUUUCCAGGUUUCUUCCUUUGGUGAUGUUCUUCUUAAGAGAGCUGAUUGCAGAGCAAAAGGAGGGUCACCUGGAUUCAAAGUAGCAAUCUUGGGUGCUGCUGGGGGAAUUGGUCAACCCCUUGCUUUGCUUAUGAAGAUGAAUCCAUUGGUUUCAGUUCUUCAUCUUUAUGAUGUUGUCAACUCCCCUGGUGUCACUGCUGAUGUUAGUCACAUGGACACUGGUGCAGUGGUUCGUGGCUUUUUGGGGCAGCCACAACUUGCGAGUGCACUCACUGGCAUGGACUUGGUAGUUAUACCUGCUGGUGUGCCAAGGAAACCUGGAAUGACAAGGGAUGAUUUAUUUAAAAUAAAUGCUGGAAUUGUGAGGACCCUUUGUGAAGGAAUUGCCAAGUGCUGCCCCAAUGCUAUUGUCAACUUGAUUAGCAAUCCAGUGAAUUCCACUGUUGCAAUUGCUGCUGAGGUUUUUAAGAAAGCUGGUACAUAUGAUCCAAAGCGACUCCUGGGAGUUACAACCCUUGACGUUGUGAGGGCAAAUACUUUUGUGGCAGAGGUACUGGGAGUUGAUCCAAGAGAGGUUGAUGUUCCGGUGGUGGGAGGUCAUUCAGGAGUCACAAUAUUGCCUCUUUUGUCACAGGUCAAGCCUCCUAGCAGCUUCACCGCUGAAGAAACUGAAUACCUGACAAAUCGCAUCCAAAAUGGUGGAACAGAAGUUGUUGAGGCAAAAGCUGGGGCUGGUUCUGCAACACUAUCAAUGGCAUAUGCAGCUGCCAAGUUUGCUAACUCAUGCCUCCAUGGCUUGAAAGGAGAAGCUGGGGUGGUGGAGUGUGCUUUUGUUGAUUCUCAGGUUACAGAACUUCCCUUCUUUGCAACCAAGGUACGUCUUGGUCGUGGUGGAGCAGAAGAGAUAUAUCAACUGGGUCCCCUGAAUGAGUAUGAAAGGAUUGGGUUGGAAAAAGCAAAGAGAGAGUUGGAAGGAAGCAUCCAGAAGGGGAUAGACUUCAUCAGAAAAUAAGGGAGAUCAGGAAAAAGUAGUUUUUGUCACUCUCCUAUGAGGAACUUAUGUAAUUCUUCCCUUUGUUCAUAGUAGAUUUUUCUUGAGAAUAAUACUCUAAAUUUUUGGUGUCAUCCAUCGCUUAAAUGCUGAUGAUAAUGGAUUUGACAUCAGUGGAACCGCAUGAUGAUCUGAAAGACACUACAUUAUCGGCCUUUUGUACUA